ACGCCGCGCUGGGCUGCUGGAGAGCAGGCGGGCGAGCGGUCCCGGAGCGACGGGGGCGGCGCCCAGCCCGCGGGAAGGGGGAGGGACGCGGCCGGAGGGAAAAGGAGGGCCGGAGGGCGCCAGCGGCCAGCGGGUCGGCCGGGAUUGGCAGAUUUGUACAGAGUCUCUCCAUCUUCUCUUUUGAAUUUCCUGCUGCAGGAUGUUUUUCUAUGGCAGACAGUGUGGCCAUGUUGGCAGACCUGAAGAAGUUUUACCGCUGUUCAAGAUAUUUCUUAUCAUCAUUUGUCUUCAUGUUAUCCUGGUUACAUCCUUAGAAGAUAAUGCUGAUAAUUCCAGUCUGUUAUCACCAUCUGUUGAAUCGUCUUUUGUUGGUUUUGUCCCCUACACCAAUGAGGUUGAAACUACAAGCCUAAAUGAUGCUACUUCGAGUGUAUUAUCCACUUUAAACAAAACAGAAAAAACUAAAAUCACUAUAGUAAAAACCUUCAAUGCAUCAGGAGUCAAACCCCAGAGAAAUAUCUGCAAUUUGUCGUCUAUUUGCAAUGACUCAGCAUUCUUUAGAGGUGAAAUAAUGUUUCCAUAUGAAGAAAGCAAUGGUACCCAGAAUCAAAAUGCGGCUAAUGGCACCUUAUCGGGCAUCUUGUCUCUAAGGGAAUCGAGACGAUCAGAGCUAAACAAAAUCCUGCAAACCUUAAGUGAGACUUAUUUUACCGUGUGUGCCACAGCAGAGGCCCAAAGCACAUUAAAUUGUACAUUCACAAUAAAAAUGAAUAAAACAAUGAACAUAUGUGCUGUAAUGGUUGCUUUGAAAAGUGCAAAGAUUCAUCCGAUGGAACAGUGCUGCUGUUCUGUCAGGAUACCAUGCCCUUCCUCGCCGGAAGAGUUAGGAAAACUGCAGUGUGACCUGCAGGAUCCCGUUGAAUGUCUUGCUGGUCAUCCUGAUGGCUCACCAUUUUCUUCUAGCAAUUCCAUCCCUGUUGUUCCUCAGGCCACCAUUCUGUCCCAGGUCUCCAGUGCCUUCUCUUUUCGUGAACCUCUAAAUCAUCCACCUCUAACCCAGAGCCCUCCAACACAAGUGAUUCACCUUCCUUCUCCCCAGCCUUCAGCUCCCCUAGCUUCGAGCUCUGCCAUGGAUACGCCUCCCAGUUCUGGAACUAUCUCUUCUCCUACGCCCCAAACUGAUCUUUCCCAGACACUGCCACCUGUGAAAUCCUCACUUUCUUCUCCCACCGCAUCUGCCCCUGUGGAUGUCAUCACGGCCACCUCCCCUCCUGACAAGACAGAAAUGGUUUAUACCAGCAGCAUCAGUGUUUCUGAUCUUGAGAGUCAAGUGUCCCAGAUGGAAAAGACUCUGUCCUUGGGUAGCUUGGAGCCUAACCUCGCAGGAGAAAUGAUAAACCAUGUCAGCAAACUCCUUCAUUCCCCACCUGCCUUGCUGGCUCCUCUGGCCCAGAGAUUGCUAAAAAUAGUAGAUGACAUUGGCUUACAGCUGAAUUUUUCCACCAAGACCAUAACUCUCACCUCCCCUUCCUUGGCUCUGGCUGUAAUCAGAGUGAAUGCUAGUAAUUUCGACACAACUACCUUCGCUGCCCAAGACCCUGCAAAUCUUCAGGUUUCUCUGGAAACCCGCCCUCCUGAGAACAGUAUUGGUGUUAUUACACUGCCAUCAUCACUGAUGAGUAAUUUACCAGCUAAUGAUGUGGAGCUCGCUUCCAGGAUUCAGUUUAACUUCUUUGAAACACCUGCCCUGUUUCAGGACCCUGCCCUGGAGAACCUCUCUCUGAUCAGCUACGUCAUAUCGUCCAGCGUGGCAAACCUGACGGUCAAGAACUUGGCAAGAAACGUGACGGUCACCUUAAAGCACAUCACCCCAAGCCAGGAUGACUUAACCGUGAGAUGUGUAUUUUGGGACUUGGGCAGAAAUGGUGGCCGAGGAGGCUGGUCGUCGGAUGGCUGCUCUGUGAAAGACAGGAAGCAGAACGAGACCGUCUGUACGUGCAGCCACCUUACAAGCUUUGGCGUCCUACUGGAUCUAUCUCGGACAUCCUUGCCACCUUCUCAGAUGAUGGCUCUGACGUUUAUCACCUAUAUUGGUUGUGGGCUUUCAUCAAUUUUUCUGUCAGUUACUCUGGUAACCUACUUAGCCUUUGAGAAGCUUCGGAGGGAUUAUCCUUCCAAAAUCCUCAUCCAGCUGUGUGCGGCUCUGCUCCUACUGAACCUGGUGUUCCUCUUGGACUCGUGGAUAGCUCUGUACGACAUGCGAGGCCUCUGCAUCUCCGUGGCUGUGUUUCUGCACUAUUUUCUGUUGGUCUCAUUCACCUGGAUGGGCCUGGAAGCAUUCCACAUGUAUCUGGCCCUUGUGAAAGUGUUUAAUACUUACAUCCGGAAAUACAUCCUCAAAUUCUGCAUUGUUGGUUGGGGGGUACCAGCUGUGGUCGUGACCAUCGUCUUGGCUAUAUCCCCAAGUAACUAUGGCCUCGGAUCCUAUGGGAAAUUCCCCAAUGGCUCACCUGAUGACUUUUGCUGGAUCAACAGCAAUGCUGUAUUCUAUAUUACAGUUGUGGGAUAUUUCUGUGUGAUAUUUUUGCUGAACGUCAGCAUGUUCAUCGUGGUCCUGGUUCAGCUCUGUCGAAUUAAAAAGAAGAAACAACUGGGAGCCCAGCGGAAAACCAGUAUUCAAGACCUCAGGAGCGUUGCCGGCCUUACGUUUUUACUGGGCAUUACUUGGGGUUUUGCCUUCUUCGCCUGGGGACCAGUUAACGUCACUUUCAUGUAUCUCUUCGCCAUCUUUAACACCUUACAAGGAUUUUUCAUAUUCAUCUUUUACUGCGUAGCAAAAGAGAACGUCAGAAAGCAAUGGAGGCGGUAUCUUUGUUGUGGAAAGUUACGGCUGGCUGAAAAUUCUGACUGGAGUAAAACUGCUACUAAUGGUUUAAAGAAGCAGACUGUAAACCAAGGAGUGUCCAGCUCUUCAAAUUCCUUACAGUCAAACAGUAACUCCACGCACUCCACCACGCUGCUGGUGAAUACCGAUUGCUCGGGCCUUGCGAGCGGGAACGGGAAUGCUUCAACGGAGAAGAAUGGUGUUUCUUUCAGUGUUCAGAAUGGAGAUGUGUGCCUUCAUGAUUUCACUGGAAAACAGCACAUGUUUACUGAGAAAGAAGAUGUGUGCAACGGUAAAAGCCGUAUCGCUCUCAGAAGGACUUCAAAGCGGGGAAGUUUACACUUUAUUGAGCAAAUGUGAUUCCUUUUUCUAAAAACAAAGCAUGAUGCUUGACAGUGUGAAAAUGUCCAAUUUUACCUUUUACACAAUGUGAGAUGUGUGAAAAUCAACUAAUUUUAUACUCAGCAACCUCUGGAGGAACAUAUGCUAAUUGAGGGCAAUGGUUAUUGGAAGAGGAAACCCAAGACAUUAUCCAUGGUUUUUAGACAUUUGCCAUCUGGUUUUUAACCUUCAUUUUAAAAGAAGGUUGGGUUUAAACAAUACAGUAAGAAUAAGACUCGUUUAAAAUCAAAGUAGUUCAUUUCUAGCCGUAUUCUAAAGAGGCCGAGUCAUCUAUGAUAAGGUCCGAUAAAGCAACUGUUGACUUCAGCCUGUUGGUGAGUUCAGUUGUGCAUGCCUUUGUUGUAAAUAAGCUAAAUUCUAGUGACCCCCAUGUCAAAUAUCUUCUACAUUUCUUGUAUUUAUUUUCUACUGUGUAAAUUAAUUUCUUUGUAGAAUCGUGGUUGUGUUAUUGUGUCUAAUGUGAUAAUUCAGAAAAUCCUUGCUGGUUCAGUGAAUUCUAAAGCUCCUUUUGGAGAUUAUAUGGGAUGUGAAAUACGGAAGCUUCACUGAAAUCAAGAAAUAAUGGUGCCAGCCCAACUGGAAAAAAUGACAGUGCCACAAUUAGCUCAUUAGUGCCUUUGAGCAAGUUGGAAAAAUGUGCCCCCACUCCCCGGGCAGACACAGCCCCGAGUGCUCAUGGUUUGGCAGACAAAGUGGGGGGGCAUAUUUUAGCCCCAUGUAUCCUCUUGGGUGCACCAUUGUGUAGGGCACCAAGUGUACAACAAACGUGGCAGCCAAUCCCAGUGCCCAUCUCCUGACCUCAUUCCUAGUCAGCAGAUUAUGGAACCUGCACCAAGAUGUUUCACCUAGUACCUUGGCCACAGAGAAGGAUGGAACCGUGAUCUAGACCAUCUGUCAGGAAAAUUGUGAAUGUGGAGGAGAUCCGUACACCGCCACUUCUCACAUCCCCAGAGCCUUUCAGACAAGGGGAGGAGAGUAGGAUUGAUUCCCUUUUAAAGGAGAGGUAGAUGAAGAAAAAAAAAUCCUAUUGCUGUUCUUUAAAAGGCAACUGCAUAGUACUUUAGUUGUCAUGACUGGUACUUUCUGGGCCAGCCAGACUUACGAUUAUUUUUUAAAAGGUGUCAAGUCUUGAAGAAUGUAUAGUGACAAGGGGGAGCAGCUGUUGGGAGCGUGAACUAUCCUGCAAUGCUAUUGUUUCCGUAUGUAUCAAACCCUGAUUGCUCUUAGUUACAGAGGGUUUAUCGUGCUUCCUGGCUAUAGCGGCCUGAGCUACGCCUCAGGAGUGUCCUGAUGAGGAACCUUGCAAAACCCUGUAGUUAGGUCUUUCACUACAGUUCCCUCGCAUAUAUUUCAAGGGAAGGUCGUAGCCCCAGCUAACCAUAGUAAUAAUGUAAUACACCUCUGUGAGUGCUGAUUUGCCUUUGCAAUAUUUCUUCUCUGAUUUAUUUAAUUGUCUUGUAUUUAUGUCAGAAUCGACAAAAAUGUUAAGAUCGCCAAAAUAAAUUUGUAGUUCAGUCCUUCGA